CUUAACCCGCUCUCCACCAAAGACUCCUCCCGCUCGGAAUCUUAAAAGAAGAAUCACAGGCUCGACCGCAACCUCAGUCGCCCCUACAAUCCCAAAUACUCUCGACUGCGCAUACGGGUCCCACCUGCGAACCGUCUCGACACACAAUACCCUCUACUUGCACACAAAGAACCCAAACACACAACAUGUCUUCAGCAGGACGUGGCCGCGGCGGCAAGUUCAACAAGGUCAAGCGCGGAGGCGGCAAGAAGUUCUCGCGCGACCUACAACCGCUGAAUGCAGAUGGCGAGGUCGUCGGCAUGUGGGGUGAGCAACCCGACAAAGUCGACGAGGAGUCCUCCGAAGAAGAAGAAUCUUCGGAGGAAGAGUCCGACGAGGAGGGUGGCAAGCCCGAACAAGAAGAGUUGACGCGUGAGCAGCGCCGUGAGCUCGCAAAGAAGCGCAAGGCGGCCGCGAUUGCGAAGAAGUCACAGAAGACCCCCGAGGCAGGCGACAUGCCCACCGACUCCUCUGAAGACGAAGACGAUGAUAUGCCCGCGAACCCAAACCACACUGCAAAAGCCCGUACACAAGCCACAAAGGCCCCUGUCGAUCCAGAAGCUGAGCCCGUCGCUAAGGGAAAGGGAAAGCAACAGGACCUCUCCCAGCUCUCCCGCCGCGAGCGUGAGGCUCUCCAGGCGCAAGCCAACAAAGAUCGAUACGACAAACUACACGCUGAGGGCAAGACUGAGCAGGCGCGAGCCGAUCUGGAGCGCUUGAAGCUGGUUCGUGAGCGCAGGGACGCUGAGGCUGCGCGAAAGAAGGCUGAGGCAGAAGAGCGUGCUGAGCUGGAGAAGGAGAAGAAGGAGCUCAUGGAGCGUGAGAACAGGCGGCGAGAGCAGGCCAAGGGCAAGGCCGAACGUCUUGCUAAGGGCGGCAAGAAGAAGGCCUAGAUCUGACACUUGUUGUUAGACAUGGAGCUUUCGUGAUGU